AUGACAACUCUCCUUGGCCUCAAAUCAUUCACUCCAGUCAUUGCAAACUAUUACGUGACAGUCUUUAUAGACAAUCAAGUAGCCAGGAAGAUGAUGAAAUCAAGAGGAAAAAGACCUUGGCAGAAGGAAAUAAUGAGAGAAGUAUGGAACUUCUGCGAGUUACACGAUAUCAGAAUCCAAGAAUUCCUAUGGUGCAGAGUCACAAUAACAUUAAUAACACCAGUUUGGUCCUCAGCACCAUGGUGGCCCAUCCUUCUCCAACAAAGAACCAAGACAAUGGACCUCCCUCCUGCAACCCAAAGCUUUAUGCCAAGUCAAUGUGAGAACUUGCCACCAGAACCUUAG